AUGGCGCUAACGUUUUCCCAUCUCUUUCUCUUGCUUCUCCUGAUUUUUCCAACUUUCUCAUACGCAGAAAUAGCAUCCAAUCUCAAAUUCCCAAAAACGCAGGCAGAAAAAUUUAUCAGAUCCCUCAACUUGUUUCCCAAGAGCGAUGUAAAUCAUCAUGUUGAUGGCGACUAUAAACUGGGCGAAUCCAGAAUUUCGGAAAAGCGAGUUGAAUUCCCUUACUUGGGUGAUUCUGGGACUACUGUGGAAGACUUGGGCCACCAUGCUGGUUACUACCGACUUCCCCACACAAAAGAUGCAAGGAUGUUCUACUUUUUCUUCGAGUCCAGGAACAGCAGGGCAGACCCUGUUGUUAUAUGGUUAACGGGAGGACCAGGGUGCAGUGGUGAAUUGGCUUUGUUCUACGAAAAUGGGCCUUUCCAUAUAACAAGAAACAUGUCUCUUGCGUGGAAUGAUUUUGGUUGGGAUAAGGUUUCAAACCUUAUAUAUGUCGACCAACCAAUCGGAACAGGUUUUAGCUAUAGUUCUCACACUGAUGACAUUCGGCACAGUGAAGACGGUGUUAGCAAUGAUCUAUACGACUUCUUGCAGGCCUUUUUCAAGGAGCAUCCCCAGUAUGUUAAGAAUGAUUUUUACAUUACUGGAGAAUCAUAUGCUGGGCAUUAUAUUCCAGCUUUAGCAGCACGAGUAAAUCAGGGAAACAAAAAUAAAGAAGGAGUCUAUAUUAACCUGAAGGGAUUUGCUAUUGGCAAUGGACUCACGAAUCCAGAAAUCCAAUACAAAGCAUAUACUGAUUAUGCUUUGGACAUGAAAUUGAUCAAACAAUCUGAUUAUGAAAGCAUGAGCAAGUCAGUUUCACAAUGCGAACAGGCAAUAAAGCUUUGUGGCACUGAGGGUGGAACCUCUUGUGUUGGGGCAUACAUGGUCUGCAACAACAUUUUCAAUAAGAUAGUGGAACUUGCUGGUGACAAAAAUUAUUAUGAUAUACGAAAGAAGUGUCAGGGUAACCUGUGUUAUGAUUUCUCAAAUGUGGAGAAUUUCCUGAACCAGGAAUCGGUUAAAGACAUUCUUGGAGUUGGGAGCAUAGAUUUUGUUUCAUGUAGUUCUGUAGUACAUGAGGCUAUGAUCAUGGACUGGAUGAGGAAUCUGGAAGUUGGUAUUCCUCCACUCCUAGAGAAUGGAAUCAAAUUACUUGUAUAUGCUGGAGAGUAUGAUCUCAUAUGCAACUGGCUUGGAAAUUCAAGAUGGGUUCAUGCCAUGGAAUGGUCUGGACAAAAAGAAUUUGUAGCAGCUUCAACAAUUCCAUUUUCAGUCAAUAGAGUUGAGGCUGGAGUGCAGAAAGCCUAUGGACCUCUAACUUUCCUCAAGGUCCAUAAAUCUGGUCACAUGGUUCCUAUGGAUCAGCCCAAAGCAUCAUUAGAAAUGCUAAGGAGGUGGAUGCACAACGAACUUCAUAUCAGAGAGACAGAUGAUCACCUUAUACCUAUGUGA